AAUAAAAGUCACAAUAAACAUUUAACAUUGCAGUCACUAUGUCAAUGCACAAUUAACAAAAGAAAAAAAUAUAUCAUUUUAAAUAUGAAUUCCAGUUUUUUGACAAUUCUUUAAAAAUAAACAUCUCGGCUUGUAUUUUUUUUUUCUAGCUAAUGUUGCAAAAAAUGCACUUGAAAAUCUUCCAAAAUUAUUCUUGAAUAAAAAAAAAUCUAUAUCAUUUGCAAAUUUUAUAAUUUAUUAAUAAAAAAAUUAGAUGAAAGUGUUUUUUUUUUUUCAAAAAACUGAAACAGGGCAUUUGUCUUUUAUCUCACUCAUAUUGCAUAAAAAAAAAAAAAAAAACAAUAUCUAUAUCCUAGUCUAUUGAUUAAGAAAUUUUGAUAAUUGCGCAUGCGUAUAAAUUUUUUCAACGAAAAUAAUCGGAUAAAGCCGAAAGUCGUGUUAAAAAAAUACGUCACAUGUAUUAGGCCGACAGUGAAUUCAGGUUUGCGCGGUCUCUUUCAGUCAUUUUCAGUGAACCCACAGUCUUUCUUGGGAACUCAAGUUGAACUGAAGGAUUUCGUGUUAAAUUGUUUAUUUUAAUAACUUUCCUGUUGUUUUUAUCAUAACAUAUACAUUAAGGACGAUGGCCUUGUUUCGUUUGACUGGAUCACGAUGCAUCGAGCUUCAGAAAUUGAGUUCACCAAUGGUACUUCGUCAAUUAUCUGAUGCAUCAACUGAUCUUAAAAAAGUACUUGCUGAAAAAAUUCCAAAAGAACAAGAACGUGUUAAGGAAUUUAGAAAAAAUCAUGGUUCAACAAAAGUUGGAGAAGUCACUGUUGAUAUGAUGUAUGGUGGUAUGCGUGGUAUCAAGGGUCUCGUUUGGGAACCAUCAGUACUUGAUGCUGAUGAAGGUAUUAGAUUCCGUGGUAAAUCAAUUCCUGAAUGUCAAAAAGUAUUGCCAAAAGCAUCUGGUGGUGCUGAGCCACUUCCUGAAGGUUUAUUUUGGCUAUUGAUAACUGGUGAAGUACCAACUGACGCACAAGUUAAAGCAAUAUCACAAGAAUGGGCUUCAAGAAGUUCACUUCCUGCUCAUGUUGUUAAAGCACUUAAUGAUUUUCCAAAAACUCUUCAUCCAAUGUCACAAUUUUCAGCAGCAAUAACAAUUCUUAAUAGUGAAAGUGAAUUUGUCAAGGCAUAUACUGGUGGUGUUCAUAAAUCAAAAUACUGGGAAACUGUAUAUGAAGAUUCAAUGAAUUUAAUUGCAAAAUUACCAGUUAUUGCAGCAACAAUUUAUAGAAAUGUUUAUAAAAAUGGUAAAGGUCUUGGUUCAGUUGACAGUGGCAAAGAUUGGUCAUGGAAUUUUUCAAAUAUGUUGGGUUAUGAAAAUCCAGAAUUUGUUGAACUUAUGAGACUUUAUUUGACAAUUCAUUCUGAUCAUGAAGGUGGAAAUGUAUCAGCUCAUACAACUCAUUUAGUUGGUUCAGCUUUAUCUGAUCCAUAUUUAUCAUUAGCUGCUGGUAUGAAUGGUCUUGCUGGACCACUUCAUGGUCUUGCUAAUCAAGAAGUACUUGUUUGGCUUGAAAAAUUACAAGCACAAGUUGGUCCAUCACCAAGUGAUGAAAAACUCAAAGAAUUUAUUUGGAAUACACUUAAAAGUGGACAAGUUGUGCCUGGUUAUGGUCAUGCUGUAUUGAGAAAAACUGAUCCACGUUAUACAUGCCAGAGAGAAUUUGCUAUGAAACAUUUACCAAAUGAUCCACUCUUCAAGCUUGUUUCUCAAGUUUAUAAAAUUGUUCCACCUGUACUUCUUGAACUUGGAAAAGUUAAAAAUCCAUGGCCAAAUGUUGAUGCUCAUUCUGGUGUUCUUCUUCAAUACUACGGAAUGAAAGAAAUGAAUUAUUACACAGUACUUUUUGGUGUAUCAAGAGCACUUGGUGUACUUUCAUCACUUGUAUGGGACAGAGCACUUGGUUUACCAAUUGAAAGACCAAAAUCUCUUAGCACUGAUCUUCUCAUGAAAGCUACAAAAGCUGCCUAAAUUAACAAAAAUUUAAUAGUAUCUACAUCAUUAUUACUACUAUUAUAAUUAAUAAUAUUAUUACCAUCAAAAUAGAAUUGGCCAAAAUCACACGACUCAUAUAUUUAUAAUAUACAUUUUUUUUUUUUUUUUUAUUUAAAAUUGUGAUUUAUAGUAUUUUCAUUCUAUUAAAUAUUUAAAAAAAAAAAAAAAGAAUUUGUAUUAAAAUAUAACAAAUUAACUUACCCGACUUAAUUGUGUGUAUUAUUAUUUUUCAAUACUUGAUAAUUGACAAUAUAGUAUAUAAUUUGUUAAAAAAAAAGAAAAAUUAUGCAACAGUAAAUUUAAUCACAUGAAAAUUAUUAUAAAUAUAUAAUCAGAAAAAUAAUUAAAUAACACACAAGGCUGUAAAUAAAUCGAGAAAAUAAAAAUAAUGAUAAAAAUAUAAUAUUAAAUUUUAUCAUUAUUUAUUAGAAAUUUCAUUAUAAUAAAUUGAAAAAAUAAAUAAAUAAAUAAUAAACUAGCAAUGAAUAGUUUUAGUUAAAAUAAAAGUAAUAAUUGUUGAUUGGAAAAAAAAAUAAAUAAAUAAUUAAAUCUGCGAAUGAGUUUACGAAUAUUUAAUGCUGUUACUAGUCUAAACAUUUUCUCAGCUCAUGUAGUAGUAAUUAGCAAAAUGAAAUGGAAAAGAAAAACCCUCAGUAAUUUAUUUUAUUUUUUUGUCAUUUUCGAAAUUUGUUAUUGCAGGAGUAUUGUUGCUAUUGUUGUUUUUUAUUUUCAAUCUCAUACAGUUUCGAAAAAGAAACAAACGAAAAAAAAGAGACGCCGAUCGUUUUGAGUAUGAAUGAGUGUAUGCAAUUAAUCUUAUUUAUUUAAUUUAUACACAAAUUAAAUAAUGAUAAUAAAUGAGUUCAAGUAAUAAUUACUUAUCAAUUAUUGAUUUAUUUUUAUUUCAUUAAUUUCACCGUUUUUUUUUUUUUGCACGACAUAUUUUUUAACAUUAAUUUAUGUAUAAUUUUCUUAAUAUUAACAAGCAAUAUCGCAGUUAUUUUAUCAUUCAAAUUAUUCAAAUAAUAAAAGUAAUUUACAGCAAAUGAGACCUUGAUCCAUUAUUAUUUUCAAAUUGAUAAAAAUAAAAUAAUACGAAGACAACCGUGGUUUUCAUGGAUGGUUUGUAUAUUUAAUUUGUUUUUUUAGCUGCGUAUUUUGGAAGGAUAGCCUGAUAUUUAUGAGCUAAAAAUUUAAACAAAAUUGUUUAAAUUAAUAACCACAAACUAAUUUAAUCCCUGGAAAAAAAAUUUAAACAAUUCUCGAUAUGUGAAAAUGAGUUAAUCAUCUUAUUUAAUAAACAAUAUUUUUUUUUUCUUUCUCAUAUUUUAUCGCAGCUAUAAUUAUAAAAUAAAAUAUUAACAAUAUUAUACUAAAAAAAAUAAUUCAAUUUAUUUCUUUAAACUUAUAAUAAUUGUCAACUUGUGAUUUUCAUUAUUUUUUUUCCACAAAAAAAAAAAAGAACUAUCAUCAGUCUCAUAACAACAAAAUGUUCGACUUUAUAAAAUUAUUAAUUAAUGUUAAUCAAUGUUAAUUAAUUAAACACUCAUUAAUAAUAACAGAAAAAAAAAACUAUUUUUUAAAAACAAGAAAGUCUUGUUUAAAUUCUCAUUGUAACACUCACACACCCUCUCAAAUUACAGCCAUACUAUUUUUUUUUUCUUUCAUAUUUUUUGUUAACAAUUUCUGUACAAGAUAAUUGAUUUAAAGUCGAUUAAUUAUUGUUACAAUGCCAUCAAUAUUACGUCAUGUUUUUUUGAUAUGACCAACAAUCCAUUCAAGUCCUUGAUAAAGUCUGAAAUAAUA